AAGCACAAUCAUCCGCUCGCUACUCCUAGGAAGGUUCACUUGUUGAGAUCUCAUAGAGGUGUAUCAGCCACCAAAAGAGCGCUUGUCCAGGAGUACACAGAGGCAAAUAUACCCACAUGCAAACAAGUUAGAUUGUUUGAAAUUGAUUAUGGUGGUCCCUCUAUGAUGGGUUGUUUGGAGAAGGAUAUCCGAAAUAAAGAAGCAGCACUUUGGCGGUUUGAUAUUGAAAUGAAUACUCGACGUCAGCGACUUUUGACAUAUGAUGUCCUUGAAGAUUUUAUAGCUUGUAGUUGUAAAAAAUUUGAGUUUGAAGGGUAUCCUUGUCGACACAUGCUAUGUUGGAUGAGGGUUGAACAAGUUAUGUUAGUACCUGAAAAGUACGUGAAGAAAAGGUGGACGAAGGAUGCAAAGUGUGAUCUUAUUUAUGAUACGCCAUUUGAUUUUGAAGUAGGUGAAUCUUUGCAAGGCAGACGUGGUGCGCUGAUGAAAAUAACAAGAGAGCUAAUCGAUGAUGCAUCGUUGACUGAGCGAGAAGCAAGUUUC